AUGGUGACAACCAGGUCCCAGGAGCGUAAGAUAGGCUCCUUGAACUCGCCCCCUCCCGCUGUGGAAACGGGUACGGCGUUUUCACCCGAAGCUGGAAUAACGCCAACCAGAAAAUCCAAGACAGCCUCUGCGAGUACUCCUUCCUCGGGGGAAGGGCUUGCCUCAAUUGCGAACAAAAAGAUUGAAGUCGUCAUAGAGGUAGCACCAAGUCUUCUGGGUCAAGAGCAUGCUCAACUCGGAGGGAACGGAGAGGGAGCGGAGAUCUCGCGGCCCCAGCCUGGGAAUUUAGCACGUCCCCAUGUAUCAGGCUUUCAGGAGGUGCCCGAAGCUCUCUCGCCCAAUGGUGAAGCCGAAGGUGGGCAACACGGCGAUGGAGGCGCCCUAGAGGGCAUACCCCAAGACAGUCGAGAAAUACAGGCCACACUUGCCAACCGCUCGAAGAGCCUUGUGUCACCAAGCCACACACCAGCAGCCGUCCCUACACGAAAGAGAUUCACUAGCGAGGAUCCUGAGGACACGAUUUCAGGAGCUGUAACCUUUGGGAAUCAGUUUGCUGGCGCCAUCACUCCGAACAAGGGGGAGAAAGACGACGUAGAUGACGAUGGAGAUGAAGACGACGACGACGCUCCUCCCGAAGUGGUCAGCAGCUCUGUUGCUGCACAACAAGCUAUGCAGAUACCGAAUCCCUCGUUGCAGCAUUCGAGUCGCAAGAAAAGAAAGAUGCUAAGCGAUGUUGGCCAUGAACUUGGUUCUCCAGUGCAAGUACCUGGUCUGGCAAUAGCUUCGGAGCCACAAAGACUAAACACAGCACAAGACAAAGCCGAAGAACUCACCACAUCAAGUCAAAUCAUUCAACUUGCUAGCUCGGAAAGCGAGACGGGUCAACCACCGAAGUCCAUCGCGGACAAUCACAGUGCGGCCAACGAUACGGCUGAUGAGUCGAUCGAGAUUGUCAUGGCACCAACAUCAAAUGAGAGCCCAGCACCGGCAAAUACUACGACACAAUCAGCCAGGACCCAAACAGGGCUACAGAACCCUGAAAAUUUCAAUACGACGUCUCAGCGGCAGCCUUCUGAACCAUUGGCGGAGGAGGAUAUUCCCACGCCCAAUGAGGUCACCCGUCGUGUGCAUUCAGGGGAGCAAGAUCAAAUUGCGGUGAACCUUUCGAGCUCCCUUACUCAGGACUCAUACACAAGCAUGGCUGACUGCGGCCCUUCUGCCACAAAUCCAGAAGUACGAAACCCGCCACUGCAGGGUACGGCUGAAACAGAAGCGACCGCUGAGUCCUCCUCUACCAUGACCCCUGCUCCGGAAGGCCUGGAACAUGUCACGCGAGAACUCCAAGCAAACACAACCGGUACAUCUGAAACCACAGUGUCAGCUGAGUUGUCCACGAGUGUUGCGGUGAAAAGGUCAAAUUCCAGGACGCCUACUUUGCGAGCCCGUCCGAAGAGUAAACCAUUUCCCCACAGGCAACAGGUCUUACCGAGGCCGAAGCCAACAAGUCUGCAGCAAUACAGAACCCGACUGUUAGGCCGGCAUCCCAGAAAAACAGAAUGGGGAGUGCCUGGUUUUCGGAAGGCAAAGUUCGUCGGCGUGUGA